GCGGCCCGCGAUAGCGGUGGGGCCGGACGGGGCGGAGGGGCCCGGGGCCCCGCGGCGCGGCCCGGUGUGGGGCCCGUGGGGCCCGCGGCGCCGUCAUGCGCGCGAGUGCAGCGCUGGCCGUCGCACUAGUGGCGGCUGCCUGCGCGGCCUGCGCGGCCUCGUCCACCGGCCGUCCCGAGGCCAGGCCCGCGACCGCGCCGACCAUCUCGCGGCCGUGGAGCGCGACCGCGGCGGACAGGCACGCCGCCAGGAGGCAGCCCGCGACCCCCGGCAGGCACGCCGCCGCCUCUUCGAAGCUCGCCGACGCCGAGGUGCAGCCCGGUCGACUGACCACUGCGGUCAGAGAUAUCCUAUUUGUGAGGCACGCGGAGAAAUAUGAAGCGGCUGAUGUGACGAAAAGAAUCGAGGAGGACACUAACAGACUGCCGUCGACUGCCGAGGUGCCGUCAGCAGUCCUGUUGCCUGCCAGUCCUUCCCACCAGUCGAACGAUGCAACGGAAGCUCCAGUAUUCUCACAGCACGCCUCUGUGAACUCGCUGGAAACAGUUUCCAGGCACGGUGAAGAGUUUCCGAUCAAGAUCGGCGCGUGGAACUCCCUCUCCGAUUUGUCCACCAGCCGAGGUUGGGUUAGGUUUGGUUUUGGGCAUUGGAAAACUACACCAAAGCCCGAGAGCAAGAACGCAGAUCUGACUGAGGUGACGCCCACGUCGAGCCUGCCAUUCCAUGUGACAUCUCAUUCUUCUUCAUCUCACCCCACAAGAGGUGCAGCAGCUACGGCCAUGAAAUCAGUGCAGCCACUUACGCAAGGACCAGCAGUGACUAUUCCAGCCUCUUCAGUGCCACCGACAAGAGGCGCCAGCACUGUGGCUACCACCCAUACAAGAGACGCGCAACCCCAUUUACGAACGAAAAGUCCACUGAGCACUUCGUCCACACUCACUUCCGUCGUGGAAACGAUGAGGUCCAAGCCCACGUCGCUCGACGGCUCAUACGCCGGCGAUUCCUCCUCAACGAACAGUCUACAACCACACAAGGAAAACGAGUAUACCUUUGGAACGAGCCCGUUGCCAAUGAGCGAUGAGUGGGCUGCCAAUCAAUCAAUGCUGUCCUCGUGGAAAGGGGCGCAUACAACAACGGAGGUCCUGUUGGCUAAAGACACGCCUUCAACUCUACCAAACAAUAAACUCGUCUUCGAAUUGAGCCCAACGCCGUCAGUGGGCACGACUCAUGAAAAUGACAACACAGAAGCACACACUGAAUUCACUGGCAAACGGCGGCACGCGACCAGCUCCUAUCUCGCCCCGAGCGAAGCUUUGAAACCCGCUCGAAAAGCAAUCGUCAUUACUUUCCCUAAACUGAAUAAGAAUCUACCGAUAAAAGCGGCAAACGACAGCGACGUAAAGCAGCAUGAUGCUCAUUUGGAACGUGGAGCUGCACUAUCUCAAGUCAAACUGCCACUCGAAAGAGAAGUCAGUACGCUAGUGGCGGAUGUUACCGGGAAGUUUUCAUCUCCUGUCUCGCCUUUGUACGUGGAACAGCAAACGGCGAAACUUGAAUCGGAAACUACAAUGGCGCAAAGUUUUGCCAGUUCAACCGAGAUCGUGCGUCUAGGCGAGGAUAAUUCUGAACCGGUGACAAGUGCGGUCGAUGGUAAACAAGGCGAGGAAGGCAAAGCAAGAGAAGGCAAACAGUUGAUUUUAACAGUGCUGGUCUCUUACCUGAAAGAGGGGCACUCGCUCGUGAACGAAACAAUAACCUUCAACUUGGACAGAAGAGAUAAUUCGACGGACAACACGCAAAUUACUCUCGACCACAUUUCCACUGAAUGGACUGAAACUUCGAGGGCGAUUGCCUCCGCGCUCUCGCAGCUGCCGUCUCUCCAAAGAGUACUCAAAGGAUUCGUCCUCGCCACGCCCGCCGCAAAACAGGACUCUGCUACACCAUUUCCUCCAACUUUGUCUCUUCGGCCGUCGCCAUUGAGCACAACGGAGAAUAUGCUUCCCUUUAUCAGUCCAUCUGAACGAGGAAAUGAAAAGAUUUUAAUUACUCCGUCUCCUUCCAACGAAGAUCUCGACGAAGACCCUCUGGUAUAUUCUACCCGGAGUAGAGGGCCGGGUUUACCAACUGACGUCCUUGUAGAAGAGAAAGCCGAAGAAACGAAAGUAACUGCACCGUUUGCGCAAACACACCCCGACUACAAAUAUGAAACUGCGAUAGACUACGUUCCAAACGUCAACGGAAACACUGACAUCAAUUACGACAAUCGGACCAAGAAAAUUGUCUUGUACGUUGACACCGGUGACUGCGUACCAGAAAUUGCUGAAAAGAUAUCGAGGCUAGAAAAUAGGAGCAAUAGCGAUUCAGGAAAACAGAUUGUUAUAGAAAUGAAUUGUUAUCAACCAGAUUACACCAACUCGGAGCAAAUGAACUCAAACAAUAGUGAUAAAAAUGACAUCCCAGAUGCCGAAACUGGUGAUAUUCAACUAACAAGGGCAAUUGAAACACAUUUAAGUAGCACUAGACCCAUGAAAAGUUUAUCCACGGUAAAGCCACCGGAAUUUCUGACUCUGCCCACAAAACGACGCUCUUUUGCGCACCAAAGCACUCAGACGGAUCUUCCUACAGACAUGAAAUCAACCUCCAUAUCUGUAGGUCUGAGACGAUCAAUGGCGGUAACGACUUCACCAAAGAGGCGACAGCCCCUUCAAAUAAAACAAAAAAUAGACAGCUCUGACUCAACACCGAGGCCUGACGCGAAACUUCUGGAAGACUCUAAACGGAAGUGGACACGGAGCCGAGCUCGUAAAACUAGUGGUAGUCAGGAGACCACAAAGAAAACAGCACAAACCGACGCAGGCAAACAUACGCUAAUGAGUACAACACCUGGAUCAGAAGCUACAAGAGAAACAAGAGUGGCCAAACCCGAGUCUACGAAAGCGAACACUGAGGGUUUCGUCCGGCCCGACGAGGAGGAUCAGAUCGGAAUGCGAAUGGAUGUGGGCGGGCCGAUUUCGACAACUUCACGCGCUCGAGAAAAUACUCCGACUAAUGGAAGAACGUAUCUCAAACAAAAAGCUAAAAAAUCUAUAAAUGUAAAAGACACGCCCAAGGCCCGGGGCGUGACGAUGACAAUCAAGAUUAGGGCGAGGAAAAAAGAAAAUGACACGGACGAUAAGUAUGUUAAAAUGGCAUUAGUGCCCAGUCGUCUCCCCGAGACUCUGGCAUUAUCUGGUGCCGACAAAAUACAGUCGAAAACAAGUCCUCGUAAUGAGUUUACUGCCAGCCAACUUUUUAAUAGUAGCCAGGAUAACUUGAUUUUGGAGAACGCAGAUGCUGCUCCACGUAUCGACGAGCUGUCAAUUGAUCCAUCACAGAUCAGCCUCGCCAAGACAUCGACUAUACCGCCAUGGGGCUUUUUGAAGUUAUUUUCGCUCUUGGAAGGUUUUGAACUUGGAAAUUUGCCUGCCAACCAAAACAGAAUGAAAUCAGCAAUUAUGCCUAUCACACUUAGUACGGAGACCGCAAGCACACCCUCCUCAGUCAGUUUGUCGACCACCACGACUUCGAACACGACGUCUCCGACCACUGCAAUUACCGCGUCUUUUGAACAGCCAAAUGACGGUGACAAUGCUCAAUCCCUAGAAACGGAAAUACUUGCAGAUACUCAACAGGCGAGUGAUGUGCUGGUCUCACAAAUGCCGAAAGUCAACAAUUCGUCAGCAGACGAAUCCAAGCUCUCCCCUGAAGGUGAUAGUUCAGUGACAAAUGCUGCGGCGCAGUUGAGCUUAACGACGGCGUCGUCCACUGCGAGUAGCUCUGAAGCACCGAGAACGGCCAGGCCCCGCUCGCUGCUCUCAGAACCCAAACUGAGGGCAAAUAAGAGCCGGGGUUACCGUCCAAAACCCGCUGACGAUCCACGACUUUUGUCGCGCGGUAGGAUCAGGCUCACGACGAGCAGGACCGGGACCGCGUUCACCCAGGGGGACGCCUGCGAGAAUCUGUGCAGGCCGAGGUAUAGAACGGUGUGCGCGCAGGUUGGCUCGAUUACGAGGACCUUCAACAGCCUAUGCGACGUGAAAGUAGAGGGCUGCGUCGUGGGAGAAAAUCCCAAAAUUCUGCAUACCGGCUCGUGCAACAGGUUCAGGAAAAAGAAAACGAAGGUGACGAUAGAACAGGAAGAGGAAGUUCCAGAAAACGAACUCGUCGAAGAGGCUUCAUACACAUUCAAGCCUCCUGUUUCCACAACAUUCUCGCCAAGACGCUGGAUAUUUGACUCAGUUAAUAGCACUCUUCCAGUUUGACGUACCUGCGCUGCGCACAUCCACCAAAACAUACGGCGGAGACUUUGUAGUGUGAUCAAUAAAUAUAUCAGAGUUGAGGUA